AUGGCAAUGGCGGCGCCCAGGCCCAAGUCGCCGCCGUCCUCGCCGGACCCUUGUGGCCGCCACCGCCUGCAGCUCGCCGUCGACACGCUCCACCGCGAGAUCGGAUUCCUCGAGGGCGAAAUUAAUUCCAUUGAAGGGGUGCAUGCUGCAUCCAAAUGCUGCAAAGAGGUUGAUGAGUUCGUAGGAAAGAAUGCCGAUCCAUUCAUAACGAUUUCGUCGAAGAAUGGGAACACCGAUCGAUCUCACCAAUUGCCAAAGAAGUUUCGGUAA